AUGGAAGAGAGCAAGAUGCCCUUGGAAUACUUUGACUCCAAAACACCACCAUUGCCUCCUACAACUACGGCUACAACUGCUUCCACUACUACCGGAACAGCCACAACAACAACAACGUCAAAGCUGAAGAGAAUACGAUUGGUGAAGCGACUACUCUCAUACGCAGUACUCUUGAGUAUUCUAAUAUGGGGUACCUCGUUCCUAUUUAUUACUAUACUGAAUUUCCAGUACCAAUACGUUAGCUACAAGAGCCAAAUCCGCGAACUUGAGCUAUUCCAGCAGCAAUCACUUGCAGAUUUCCAUCUCGAGUCAAAAGACAACUAUGCUAGUCCUUCCUCUAAGGAUACGAAUUUUGACGGCAAAUUGCCCUUUAGCAAAAAAGUAUCUGAUAAACAUGUAUUGGCACCUAAACUACACGAAAUCCAAUGGAUUAGAGAGCCACGGUCGAUCUACGACGACAAGGGAACCUAUGUUAUAGAAGCAGGCAAUGGCGGAGACAAUUUCAAAGUGAUUGUUAAAUCCAUUGCCGAUGACUCUUACUCGCAUGUCUUGAUUGAUCAAUCUACAUUCACCUAUCAUCACCACAAUUACAAGAUUGAAAAAUACAUUGCAUCGCCAGAUUUGCAAAAAGUCAUUUUGAAAACCAACUCAACGAGUCUUUGGAGAUACUCCUCAGUGGCGUUGUACUGGGUUUUGGAUGUCGAGAGCAAAAAAAUUAACCCAAUUUUCAACCAGCAUGACAAAAUCUCCACUGUUUCUUGGUCACCUGACUCGAUCAACGUGGCAUUUAUCUACAACAAUAACAUCUACGUGAAGAAUACAGCAAAUGACCAAUUGGUGCAAGUGACUCAUGAUGGGUCAGACGAAAUCUUUAACGGUAAACCAGAUUGGGUUUACGAGGAAGAAGUGUUUGGUACUGAUAUUGUCCUUUGGUGGUCGCCGAAUGGCGAGAAAUUUGCAUUUUUGAAAUCAAACAAUACACAAGUUCCGGAAUUUACAGUUCCAUUCUAUGCUCAACAAGGUCAUUUGGAUUAUCCUGAACUCGUCAAGAUUAAAUAUCCAAAAGCCGGGUAUCCAAACCCAAUUGUCGAUGUAUUCACAUUUGAUUUGCAAAAGAAUAAAGUCGAGUUCCAUCAUCUCAAAUCCGACAAGAUUGAAACAUCAGACAGGCUAGUUACCGAGGUGGUUUGGGUUGGUGGCGAAGAUUUAUUGGUCAAGACUCUGAAUCGAGCAAGUGAUUUACUUGAAAUUUUUUUGGUGGCCGGUAAAUAUAAGGAGGCUGCUACUGCUCAACUAGUGCGAACCAACACUGCACACAAUUCAUGGUUUGAGAUCACUUCGCAUACUUUGUAUGUGCCCAAGAAUGAAAGCGUUGGCAGAAAAGACGAUGGGUACAUUGAUACCGUUGUUGUUGACGGCUACAAUCACUUGGCAUAUUUCACACCGGCAACUUCGUCAAAAUACCAAUUGUUGACCAAAGGUAAAUGGGAAGUUGUCGGAGGAGUUGGCGCUUUUGACUACAACAAGAAUAAUGUUUACUUCACCAGCACCAUGAAAUCCUCAAUUGAGCGCCACAUUCACUCUAUCAAUUUACUCGAUAGAACCAAUAAUGGUUUACCUUUUGUCAAGGACAUCACCGCCAAAGAGGGCUAUUACAGCUCCUCGUUUUCAUCGGGUGGCCGAUUUCUAUUUUUAUCCGAUUUGGGACCUGGUGUUCCCACGCAAAGAAUCAAUGAUUUGAAAUUGGGUAAAAAUGUCAAAGUCAUUGAAGACAAUAGCGACCUCGUCAAGAAAUUGAGAGAAUACGCAAUCCCCGAGGUCAAGUACGGUACUGUAGAACUCAAGGGUGAAAAGGGGGAAAAAUUUUUGGUCAACUCCAAGGAAAUUUUCCCGCCCAACUUCACCAAGGAUAAAAAAUACCCCGUGUUGUUUUUCAUUUAUGGAGGCCCCGGUUCUCAACAGGUUGACAAGCGCUGGUCACUUUCAUUCAGUUCGGUUAUUGCGGCGGAGUUGGACGCGGUUGUUGUCACAGUGGACGGCAGAGGCACCGGUUUCAACAAUUUAAACUAUGAUUUGGGACAGGAUUUCAAAUUCAUUGUGCGCGACAAGUUGGGCAAAUAUGAGCCGAUUGACGUGAUAAACGCGGGCAAGGUAUGGGCCAAGAAAUCAUAUGUUGACCCCGACAGGAUUGCCGUUUGGGGCUGGUCGUACGGCGGGUUCUUGACUUUGAAAACGCUCGAGACGGACGUGGACGAGCCUGUAUUCAGCUAUGGUCUCGCCAUUGCGCCAGUCACCCGCUGGAGACUAUACGACUCCAUCUACACCGAGCGGUACUUGAGGAAACCACAGGACAACCCCGAGGGUUACUUGUACGGCUCGAUCCACAAUGUCACCAAUUUCGAGCACGUCAAGAGAUUCUUUAUCGGCCACGGCAGCGGGGAUGACAAUGUCCAUGUCCAGCACUCGUUGCAAUUGUUGGAUGAGUUUAACCUUGCCGAGAUUGAAAAUUUCGAAUUCAUGUUGUUUCCCGAUAGCAACCACGGCAUGAACUAUCACAACGGGAUGAAGGUGGUGUACGAUAGAAUUUUGGAUUUCUUUAGGAGAGCAUUUGAUUGGGAGUUUGUAUAG